GUUCCAUCACGUGACAUGGAUCGGAAGGUGGCAUCUCCCACAGAUGAAACCGACCUGGAAGCAUCUUUGCUGAGUUUUGAAAAACUUGAUCGAGCCUCACCAGACCUCUGGCCUGAACAAUUACCAGGUAUUGCUGAAUUUGCAGCGUCCUUCAAAAGUCCUAUAACUAGCUCUCCACCCAAAUGGAUGGCUGAAUUAGAGCAUGAUGAUAUUGAUAUGCUAAAAGAAUUGGGCAGCCUCACCACAGCUAACCUGAUGGAGAAAGUACGAGGGCUACAGAAUCUGGCCUAUCAACUGGGGUUGGAUGAGUCUAGAGAGAUGACUCGGGGAAAAUUUCUCAACAUUCUAGAGAAACCCAAGAAAUAAGCCAUAGCUUGUGAACCAAGAUAUUUGAUGGACCGUGAAUGUUCUUCCUUCCAUUACAGACCUGACAGCCUCCCCACUGCUUUCUCAGGCCCAGAAUGUC